AUGUACCGCGCACGCAAACAAACGACUGACGUGAAGCAAAUAUUAACUGAUCAAAUACCACUCAACCGUGAUAACAGUUACAAACUUUAUCGACUUCACUUCAAUGCCGCUCUAUCUCCUCAUUGCUCCAAUGGUUUCUGCUACAUCAACCCUUUUGUCGCCCGUAGCCUACAGAAGCCUGUUAAAUUUCUCUGGCGCUGCUUCAACAUCAAAGGGCCUCUUACAAGGACCUUAAUAAGUAACCCUCCUAGUGCUCUGAUCCUGGAGAGGUGUGACAGCAGACCUUGCAGGAUCCAAAGCCCCAACUACCCGGGGGUGUACCCCAGGAACAUCACCUGCUACUACAGGAUAGAGCACAGGCAGGUGCCCAGGGGGAAGCACGCCCUCCUGGCGGUACGGCAGAGGAAUAGUCACAAAGUUCACAUAAAGGACCAAGUUGUCAAAUACGACAGGAGUCAGCGAGUUCUCAGGUAG